AUGGGGUCGAAGCCGUUUAUGGGCCUUCGCGGCAAUGCACUGCUCAGAGCAGCAGUCGCACUGGUCGUAUUCCCAACCUUCACCUGCUAUGGCUACAAUAUGAGUGUGGCCGGUGGCCUUUUGACACUCGAGGCCUUCAAUGAGCAAUUCCCUCGCAUGAACACUGCCACCACGUCGGGAGAUGUGAAAGCGCAGAACUCGUCAAUUCAAGGCACAGUGAUUGCUCUCUACACCGUCGGUGGUAUCUUUGGCGCCUUGUCAUGCGCCUAUCUUGGUGAUAAACUAGGGCGUAGGAAGGUCAUGUUCGGGGCCAAUUUGGUUACCAUGAUUGGCUGCAUUAUCAUGGCAACCUCCUUCGAUUUCGCCCAGUUUAUCGUCGCAAGACUAGUUCUUGGUGUGGGUAUUGGUGGAUACACCGCUACCGUGCCAGUCUGGCAGUCUGAGAUCUCACCACCACACAAACGAGGCUCGAACGUCGUUACAGAUGGCAUUUUUGUCGGUGCCGGCGUUAGCUUAGCACUCUGGAUUGAUCUCGGACUCUUCUACGUGAAAACCAACUCCGCAUCAUGGCGAUUCCCUCUUGCCUUCCCCUGUGUUUUCUGUAUCGUAGCUAUGGCUUCCAUCCCAUUCCUCCCGGAAUCCCCCGUUGACCCCGAUUCGGAAGAAAUCACGACUAUUGUUAAUAACGUUCAAACCACUCUCGCUGUCUGUGGAAAUACUGACUGGAAAGCUUUAUUCACAAAUGGCCCGCAGCGUCUCUUCCACCGUGCAUACCUCGCCUGCACAGGUCAGUUCUUCCAGCAGAUGUGCGGUGUGAAUCUGAUUACCUACUACGCGACAACUAUCUUCCAGACGUAUCUUGGCCUCGACGAAGUGAGGUCCCGUAUCCUCGCCGCAUCAAUGGGUCUGACGCAGCCAUUCGGCGGCCUGCUCGCAUUUUAUACUAUCGAUAGUCUCGGUCGCCGACCACUCAUGAUUUGGAGUGGAGCAGGCAUGGCUUGCUGCAUGGCUAUUCUUGCCGGUACAACGUCGCCACCAGCUGCGGACAACACUGGUGCCCUGGUAGUCGCCGUCAUUGCGCUUUUCUGUUUCCAGUUUAUCUUCACUGUCGGAUACUCCGGCCUGACUUUCCUAUACGCCGCCGAAUUGGCUCCUCUACAGGUCCGUGCGACCGUCAGUGCCCUCUCCACUGCCACUGUGUGGGUUUUCAACUUCAUGAUAGCCCAAGUGACUCCCGUCGGCUUCGACAGCAUUGGCAAUUACUACUACGUUAUCUUCGCGGUUAUCAAUGCCACCAUUGUGCCAUCCGUGUUCUUCUUCUUCCCCGAGACCAAGGGUCGGUCGCUUGAGGAGAUUGACGAAAUCUUUGCCCAAUCGAACAACAUCUUUGACCCACCUCGCGUGGCACGUCGCAUGCAGAAUGCUAUCCGCGCCGGUACCUCCGAUCGGCCGGGCUCGGGAAGCGGCGGUGAGCAAGACUACGUGAAGGAAGAGCUCAAGGCUUAA